UCAGCAGUCAAAGCAGGAGGAUACAGACCUGCUCUCUCUCUCCAUCCCCUCUGAACUUAAAAGUCCUGCAGAACUUCAGACCUAUUUUGUAGUCAACAGCAAAGACCAGUGACAUGAUGAAGGCGGCCAUUAUUUUCACUCUGCUCCUGACCACUGUGCUGUGCAGACCGGCCAGGAGAACAUUCAGCAGCUCAGAGAGCUCAGAGGAACAGGUUAAACCCGCCCGGGCCAAGGGAAACCGAGCUCCAGUCCAGGCGGUUGUGGACCUCGUCUCUGCGGUGAAAUCUGCCAUCACAGACAUCCUCUCAGAGUCAACGGCGCUGCCCGACCCCUCCGCCACCCCAGACACCGCGUCUGACCAAAGCCAGGAUGACGCUGAUGAUGAGGAAGAUAACAGCGAAGACACAGAGGAGAAUGAAUCCGAUGAGGACGAGUCCGGCGAGCCCUCCACCCCAUCGCCCGUUACCGGGACAACGGUGAUGGCGGUCGGGACAGAGGAGCCCACGGCGGACACCACGGUGGAGCCCAUCACCCCCACCGUGGUCACCGACCAGGGCCGCGGGGACAGCCUGCUGCGCUUCCCCAGCGAAUACAAGAGCAACCUGUACGGGGAGGACAAGUCCUACCACAAGGGCCUCUCGCCCUACAAGUCCUACGAGGUGCUGGAUGGGGCGAAGAGGAUGGCCUACGACAUGACCAAUGGGAACGAGGUGGAGAAGGGCCUGAAGGUCUACAAGGCGCUGCAGGUGCAUGCUGACCUCCUGGAGGAGGACACCAGUACUCCGGAGGUGGAGAGCCAGGGUCUGGACACCUCCUCCCCAGACCAAGAGGCCAGUCCCAAGCAGGCCCUUCUCCCCAACCUCCAGGAGCAGGAGGUUAGCUUCAGCCCCAGCGACGCCGCCCCCACCGACAGCUCCAGUGCCACCGACGAGGAGGCCGAGGAGAGCACCGCCAGCCCUAGCGAUAGUGCCAGCGCUAGCGACGAGUCGGAGGACAGCGAGGACGCCACAGCCACACCCGGCGCUGCCGAUAGCCAAUCGGAUGAGUCUGACAGCGUUGAGGGCGACUCAGAUGAAGAGGGGGCGUUGGUGCCUGUCAACACCACUGACAUGCCAAUGUUGGCCAAAUGAAGCCCCGCCCCUCCGGCUGAGGAGAGGUGGACAGUGACACCAGUGUGGUAGCACAGUUCAUGGCUGCCCAGUUCACAGUGUUGCUCAACACCGCCCCCUAUCUGCUGGCUUCUGCUGCCGCACCAUGCAGGGACUCUAGCCCUCCAUCUUAUAUUAUUCCACUCAGCCAGGUCAAAGCGUUGUAUUACCGUAGGGCAGUCACUAUUCCCUGGGAUGGGCAAGACAUGGAUUUAGACAGUAAAGACUAUGGCCUUGGACAGGAAAAUUACACCCUGGCCUUACACUCUAGCACUUCCAGGUCAAAGGUUAAAAGUUAAAUCAACACAAACGGUUGGAUUCUGAUAUCUACAGUGUAAAACAGUAUUUAUUCAUGUAUCAUUAUGUAAACUAUGGCAUAGUUAAAGUUUAGGAAAUCUCAGUAAUAGCUAAUGAGUGCACAGCCGUGUGUGGCAGUUGCUGAAUUAACCUUAGACCCUCAUAUUGGAGUGGCCUAGCCUAGCAUGCUCUCUGGACCAAGAUAGCACAUGCACACUCUUGUUCUCACAUUAAACACAAGACCCAACACACAGCAGGUUGUCAAAGGCAUGCAUCCUGGCUCAGUGCUAUGGUCAUGGUAAUGCAUCAGCUUGUACCAUUUCACAAGGGUUAGGGUUAUCAAUUGAACGGUUUUCGAUUCAUGAGAAAAAAAGUUUUAACGUUUGGGAAAAAAGACAUGUAAACACAUAUUACCUUCAGGGGUAUACAGAAAGACUGUCUGACAAACAGACAGACACAAGGGCUGACAUACAGGCUGACACAGACAGACAUGCAAUAAAAUAAAUAUUAUUUUCCUUCUCCAA